AUGCCUAUAGCAGGUGGAAUUCAUACACAGAUGGAUGGAAGACACAACCAGGAUUAUAUGAUUGAUGAGCAGUCUGAGCAGUUUAUCCCAAGGUUCUGCCAGCCUUUUCCUUUCAAGAAAAAUAUUUCACCACACAUUGUUUAUCCCACCUGUCCUUACUGCUCACCACUUCAUUCUCCCCAUCCUCCUGCUCCUUUAGUGCGGCUGGUAAAUGGCAGGAGCCGGUGCGAGGGUCGUGUCGAGGUGCAGUACAAUGGUACAUGGGGCACGGUGUGUGAUGAUGACUGGGACAUGGUGGAUGCCAACGUGGUGUGCCGACAGCUGGAGUGCGGUCUGGCUGUGGCAGUGGGCACAAGCUCUCGCUUUGGACAGGGCUCCGGGCCCAUCCUGCUUGAUAACGUUGACUGCAAAGGGGGAGAGAUGGACCUGAGCCUGUGUGGCAAUCAAGGCUGGGGCAUCCAUAACUGCUACCAUUAUGAGGAUGUGGCUGUCACCUGCAAAGGUAACACUGUGUUAGGGCCUCAAGAACUGUCUGAGGAGCCCAGCACUCCAGCUCGCAGGAACUCUGGUUUAUCAGGGGACGGUUCAAUCCGGUUGGUGGGCGGCUUGGACCACUGCCAGGGCCGGGUGGAAAUCUACUACCGGGGCAGCUGGGGAACAGUAUGUGAUGAUGACUGGGGCAUGCGAGAUGCGGCUGUGGUGUGCCAGCAGGUUGGAUGUGGCCCUGUCGUCACCUACACCACCAACGCUUACUUUGGCUAUGGUAAAGGUCUUAUCCUGUUGGACAAUGUACACUGCAGUGGCUCAGAGAGCCAACUGGCCGCAUGCUACAGCCUUGGAUGGGGGAUUCAUAACUGCGGCCAUCACGAGGACGCUGGAGUCAUCUGCACAAGACUGACCACCACCACUGCUCCUCCUGUGAACACAGAGACCAUAGACAAUGCAUUCUUCCAUACUGAAAUCCCAGCAGAGACAGGAAUGACUGUUCCAGUUACAGAGACAACACCAGCUAAUCCAACCACAUCCUUUACCACAAGAGAGCAGCACACCGUCCGUGUGGUGAAUGGGAACAGCAGCUGUCAGGGGCGCGUGGAAGUCUUCUACGAAAACAUCUGGGGCACAGUGUGUGAUGAUGAGUGGGACAUGGACAAUGCUCAGGUGGUGUGCAGGCAGCUGGGGUGUGGACCUGCCAUGGCAGCCAUUCCACUGGCUUACUUUGGCUACGGCUCUGGUCCAAUCCUACUCGACAACGUGGACUGUGACGGCAAUGAGAGGCUUCUGGUUGACUGCUUCAACUUGGGCUGGGGACAGCACAACUGUGGACAUCAUGAAGACGCUGGAGUCAUCUGCUCAACUUCCCCGGUCUGGGCGGGAACAUCGAGAAGCUUUGGGGUGACUGAUAGGAUCAUCACCACUCCCCCACCAGUAGAGGGUGCGAUGAGGCUAUCAGGUGGUCUAAACCGCUGUGAGGGCCGAGUAGAGCUCUAUCAAAGCGGUGCAUGGGGCACUGUGUGUGACGAUGCCUGGGACCUCCCUGAUGCGCAAGUAGUGUGCAGGCUGCUGGGCUGCGGUGAUGCGAUAGCCGCACAGGUGGAGUCCUUCUUUGGACCAGGUGUUGGCACUAUUCUCCUGGACAAUGUGAAGUGCACAGGCACAGAGCUGUCACUCCAGCAGUGCUCCCACAUACCAUGGGACGUGCACAACUGUGACCACUCAGAGGAUGCUGGUGUGAGGUGCUCACUCACAUGACUCUGCCCAUCCACAGAAGCCACUCCCCUUCCCUCCGUGGUCUAUAGAGCGGCAGGGAAUGGAGUAUGUAGACAACAGGACAUGUACAUUUUGUAAAUAUCCACUCCAUUGAUACGCUGAAGAUAUAAAAAGCUACUGGAUGAUCUGAAACCAAACGAAAUGACAAAUUAUGCUUAUAUACAGAAAUUGGUCGAUUUUAUUUUAUUUAUGCACUUUAUGAAUGUAUGAAUACCAAAUACAUAUAAACUGUAUGUAUAAAUAUGACACACCUAAUUUUUCCACAUUUGUUAUGUAAAAGUAAUUGAUACACAGUGGAAAUACAAACUGUU